AUGCAGUUUCUGAAGGACUCUCUUCCAAGCCUCGACUUCAAUGAUUCCGAAGGGCGUGGCGCCCUAGGAUGGGCGAUUGUCCAACAGGACUUAUCAGCCGUUACUUGGCUGUUAGACAAUGGCUUAAGCGUCGACACAAACGAUGGCGACGACAAGACACCUCUAAGUUGGGCGUGUUCAGAAAGCUUCCUGCUAGGUGUUCGGCUGUUACUUAGUCGAGGUGCACAAACCGAAGACAUGGACCCGGAUGGUUGGAGGCCUUUACAUAUUGCCGUGAGCCACGACGAUCUUUCGCUUACACGGUGGCUAUUAGAUCAUGGGGCAGAUAUCCAAGGCAAAUCGAAACACGGUUCAACGGCAUUCGAGCUUGCAGUCUCAGAAAAGUCCAUCUCCAUGGUAAAUUUGCUCCUUGACCGGGGGGCAGAUCUCGAAGAACAAAACUCGCUUGGCGCAACUGCUCUGUGUGGAGCUGCCAAGCACGACCAUAGUCAUGACAGUGCUCUCCUACGAGCCUUGAUAGAUCGUGGAGCCAAGAUCAAAGCAACUAGCAAGAAGGGAUGGACUCCCUUGCAUUUCGCAGCACGAUAUGGAGUUACCGAGGCUGUGGAAUUGCUCCUAAAACAAGGAGCCGAC